AUGCCAAAUCCCAGCGAGAGGAACCUCGAGAACGGCUCUGUUACUCAAGUAACCUUGGAAGAUCCUCUCAUUCCCAUGCCAGACCUCAAGGCAAAUUCCAGCGAUGGAGCCGAAGUCCAAAACGGUUCUCCGUCUGAAAUUUAUGGAGCUCAAGCAGCGGAUGCUUCAACGCUGGAACACGCCACUGUGCAGGACGGGAAGAACAUUUUUGAUACGGCGAAAGAAGACAUUCAGUUGCUUAGAAACGACUGGAUGCAGAAGACGGUCUCUCCCGUCCAAAACGAAGUCUCCAGGCAAGUUCCUAUCGCAUCGGAUGGUGCUGUCGACAAGUCCAGCCCACACGCUCCCCAGUCUGCGGAGAACAAUAGCGAGGAGAUGGUAACGGCUCCGCUGUCAGGUGAAAAUCUGGGAUCCGUCAGACACCAACUAGCUGUUGCGGCCACUCUCCCGCACAAUAAAAUAUGGAUCUUGCAGGCAAUCCAUUAUCUGGACAUUGCUGGGAAAGAUAGUGAAUACCAAAAGCUUAUCAAAGUUUGGAUCCAAGUGGAGGUGGCGAUCGUCAAAGGUCGACGCGGGUUCCCUGCGAACAACGAAUGUCCAGCGGAAGUCAAGAAAUGGAUCAAUAGACGAAUCGAGAAUUGGUUCCACACGGGAUCCCCCGACAUCGAUAAGGACUUUGCGAUGUCUUUCCCUCCCCAAGUCCAGAAAUGGUGGAAGUCGUUACAGCCCUUGCGUAGGGAAGAGAUUGUGGGUGAGGGAAGCCUGAAUCAGGCUCAGUUUUUGUAUGAAGACCUGACACCGCUUGAUGGAUGGGGACCCAGCGGAUGGAUAACUCUUCUGAUAUGUCUCAAAUGGCGGAACGAUAGUGUGGCGGAGAAAGAAGUGGACCAGAAGGAGAUAUGGAAGCUGUUGGUCAACAAGAUGUCAAUUAUGCUGGAACAUCUCACAAGAUAUCACGCUUAG